GUUUGUUUGUUUCUUGUUUUGCCGUGACCUCCACUGACCCUACUACAUGAACUUAAGCACGUCUGCAUGGCAUGUCCCGCCCAGAUGUUUGCAGUGUGACCAGUGGUCUCUGAAUACACACCAUGUUCUGGUGUAGAAAUGUGAGCUAUGUUGCAGCUGUGUGUUUAUUUUUUUCAUAUCUAACCCAACAAGAACAGUCAGAUCAUGAAUGGACAAGGUAUGGCAGAAUGAUCAUUACACCAAAGAGCAAUUGCAGGAGAUUGUUUACAGAGCGGCCUUUUUUCAUGUGGUUUCCCGUGCCUCCGCUGCCCAUGGGUGGGUCUCAUACGGAGCCUUUUUUUGGAUGGUGAUGUUGUUCUGGGGGAUGGCGAGGCUGAGCAAAAGGGAGCUCUGUUCUGCAAAGAGGAAAUGGGCGUUCUCCUUGGAAAGUUUGGAUGGAGUGAUUAAAAAAAUGAAGGGGGCGUGGUAAGGCUAGACAGGAGUGGACCACCGAAAGAGGCACAGUGUUGUAGAGUGGCGAAACCUGCGCCUGAGAUCUGACUCAGAGGACCAAGCGAUACCUGCACAUUGAAAAUGGCGUACCUGCUCAUGUUGGUGACCCUGCUGCAUCUCAUCACUCUGGCCAUGCUGUUCAUUGCAACCAUGGAGAAGUCUUGGUGGGUGUGGGAUGGCAUGGAGAACUCAGACCUGUGGUACAACUGUCGGUUUGACAACUUCACAGGAACCUGGCUGUGUGCGUCCUCCAAAGAAACUGAGUGGAUUCAGGCGGUGCAGGUGCUGAUGGUUCUCUCAGUGGUCUUCUCUUCAGUCUCCUUCUUGGUGUUCCUCGGUCAGCUGUUCACCAUGUCGAAGGGUGGACUCUUCUAUUUCACCGGGUUGUGUCAAGUCUUUGCAGGUCUGAUGGCCUUCUCUGCAGCUCUCAUCUACACACUACACAAUAAGGAGAUCCUCCCCAGCUCCAAGGAGCUGACCUCGGGACACUUUGGCUACUGCUUCAUCCUGGCCUGGGUGUGUGUCCCUCUGUUGCUGUGCAGCGGCAUCAUAUACAUUCACCUGCGUAAGAAGGAGUGACCAGAACAAUGACAACAAUGCGAGCAGCAGUGUUUGGAAAACAAAGUGCUGAACUCACUUUAUUCGUCUCACUUGACCCACUUGUUUUUUUUAUUUUGCAUUUUUCACAAAUGCCUGUGUCAUGUGAUGUUUCUGAAGUUGUAGAUACAUGUACAUUGGGGAAAGUUAUCAGGAAAUAUUGGUCCAUCUCUUAAGCAGACACUGAAUCCUCAGUAUCAAUCCUGUAAUACUCACUUCCUGUUUUAUUAUUUGUUGUCCACUGUUAUCAUAUGUUAACCGUGGAUAUAUAAAAAGCGGCAUGAUAUAUUUUUUGCGUUGCAUUGUAGGCCUUACGCAUUUGGAUUAAUACAUCAACAUGAUGUGCGGCAUUGUUGUUACAUGUAUUUCAGGCACACCCAUAUUUUUUUCCUUUUUCAAAAAUAAAUGUUACAUUUGAUACCAAA